UCAGACUCCAAGGUGAUAUUGCUGUUCUUCUUGUUUGGUCUCUCUCUGGCUGCUGUGGCUCCUUCAGACAAACAGGAGAUGAAGCUCCAGCGGGGCGGCUGUCCCCCGUUCUGGUUCAGCUUCAAUGAGCGCUGCUACAAGUACGUCGCCACCUUGAUGACCUGGGCUGAUGCAGAGCAGCACUGUGUGACCCAAGGAGCCAACCUGGUGUCCAUCCACAGUCUGGCAGAAGAGAACUUUGUCAAAAUGCUGAUCAGAAACUUUGAUCACGCUGAGGGAGCCAACUGGAUCGGACUGUCUGACGCUCAGAAGGAUGGAACAUAUUUCUGGUCUGACGGGUCCAGAUUCAACUUCAAGCUGUGGAAUGCAGGAGAACCAAAUAAUAACGAAGGACCUGAACCCUGUGUGCACACCAACUCUGGCCCAUCCAAGGGAUGGAACGAUAAAGUGUGCACAGACAACUACUCCUCUGUUUGUAAAGCUCGCCUGGAUUCGCAAUAGCUAACAAUAUGUUUUUUAGAAUUAUAAAACCUGGCUGCCAUGAGCAUGUCUUUAUAUCCUCUAAUUUUGUAAGAUUUUUAUAAGAGCUUUAUGAAAGGCUUGAUCUUCUAAACAA